AUGCCGGUACUUCUAGUUGCUUCGUUACAAGCAAUAACUGUUAAUCCAUUAUGCCCGACGAAUAAAAUAGCUCCUCAUCGAAAAAUUGCGAGUUAUAAUCAGUAUACUGGUCGUACUUUUGGAGCUUUCUAUGAUUUGUUAGCUCCGAAUUAUUCGAAUAGUAAUUCUCCAUUUAAUGAUUUACAAGAAAACCCUCAAGAAGAUGAUGCAAAUGAUUGUGGUGAAAUAGAAGAUUACGAUGAAAAUGAUUUAAGUUCUAUAACACAGCAAUCACAGAGGCGUCAACAACGACACGGCCAUCGCAAUUAUUUUAACGGUUUCUUAAAUAGACCACCCCAUUCCCAACCUACAAUAUCGUCGGUGACAACCCGUCCUCAGAAGCCAAUGUAUCCUUCUACUCGACCACCUUUCUUCUCAGGAGGAUACUUCGGUAAUAAUCCAUAUAGACCGCAACCGAUACAACAUCCAUCUGGUGGGCCCUUGAAUCAUGUGGUUGGCGUUUCGCCAGCCAAGCCUACUCGAAAACCGACACAGUACGAUGUAACUUCGUCCAGAACUCCUAGCUAUUAUGCUUAUGACACGGAACCUACACCAACGACAUAUUACCCGCGAUUGAGGAAAAACAACGAAAAUAAUAUACUCGGCUCUUUUAUUGAUUUGCUAUUUAAAUAA